AUGACCAAAAAAGUGGUGUGGCUUUCAGAAACCCGAGUUCCAGAAGCCGCUGGUGCCAGCAUUCGGAACGUUUUUGAUUUGAUGGAAUCUUCAGCCAUAGCAACUAGUUCCUCCAGGCCAUUCAGUUGUGGAAACAGCAGCGGGACCUCCACGCUACAUAGGGAAAAUGAAGUGAAUCACCGGAGCAAAGAAUGUGCUCUCUGGUGCUACACCAAUAAUAAAGCACGAUGUUUUGAAUUAGAGGAGGGAGAGAGAGAGGCAUUUCUUCUGGCAAGAAGCUCUUUCUCUCUCAUCCGUGCUCAGUCUUCAUCCUCCUGCCCACCUUCCCACGAUGUUUCCCUCCAAGUGGAGUACGACAAGGAGUUCUCCCCUCGUCAGCGACACCACAAAGAGUUCAAGUUCAACUUAUCCCAGAUUCCUGAGGGUGAGGCGGUGACGGCUGCAGAAUUCCGCAUCUACAAGGACUGUGUUGUGGGGAGUUUUAAAAACCAAACUUUUCUUAUCAGCAUUUAUCAAGUCUUACAGGAGCACCAGCACAGAGACUCUGACCUAUUUUUGUUGGACACUCGUGUGGUGUGGGCCUCAGAAGAAGGCUGGCUGGAAUUUGACAUCACAGCCACCAGCAAUCUGUGGGUCGUGACCCCGCAGCAUAACAUGGGGCUUCAGCUGAGCGUGGUGACGCGGGAUGGACUCCACAUCCACCCCCGUGCCGCCGGUCUGGUGGGCAGAGAUGGCCCUUAUGACAAGCAGCCCUUCAUGGUGGCUUUCUUCAAGGUGAGUGAGGUCCAUGUGCGCACCACCAGGUCAGCCUCCGGCCGGCGCCGACAACAGAGUCGCAAUCGCUCUACCCAGUCCCAGGAUGUAUCUCGGGUCUCCAGUGCUUCAGAUUACAACAGCAGCGAACUGAAGACAGCCUGCAGAAAGCAUGAGCUGUAUGUGAGCUUCCAAGACCUGGGAUGGCAGGACUGGAUCAUUGCACCCAAGGGCUAUGCUGCCAAUUACUGUGAUGGAGAGUGCUCCUUCCCGCUCAACGCACACAUGAACGCGACCAACCACGCGAUCGUGCAGACUUUGGUUCACCUUAUGAAUCCCGAGUACGUCCCCAAACCGUGCUGUGCGCCAACUAAGCUAAAUGCCAUCUCGGUUCUUUAUUUUGAUGACAACUCCAAUGUCAUCUUGAAAAAGUACAGGAAUAUGGUUGUAAGAGCUUGUGGAUGCCACUAACUCAAAACCAGGUGUAAGGGGACACACGCUCUGCCUUGGAUCCCUGGAUUCCAUCUGCCUUAAAACCACGAGAAGCACAGUGCAAGUGGGAUGCCACACCCCAGAGACUGUCUCAUGCCAGUGCCUUACUGCCUAAGGAGGACUUUAAAGGACCUCAUUAAUUUGCUCACUGUGUAAAUGAUGUGAGUAGCUGUUGGUCUGUAGGAAGCUGAGUUUGAAUGUCUGUAGUGUUUUCUGGUAACUGCAGAAACAAAA